AUGAUUGUAUACAAUACAAAAGAUGUUUGGUUAAAACCACAAUGGGAUAUCAUGCAAGCAAGUUAUUAUUAUAUUCAUGAUUGCCAAUUCAAUGAUACUGGUGAUUAUGGAGGAAAGUCAUGUAUAGAUUUUCAAGAUGGAGAUGGAAGUCAAUUUAUCGAUGUUUAUUCAUGCAUUGUUACAUAUGGAAAAGGAUAUUGGGGUGGAGGAAUAUAUUUUAAGGGUAAUUUUGAUUUUAAUAUAAAGAAAAUUUGUAUAUAUGCCUGCCAGUGUUUUGAAUAUGGAGCAAUUGCUGUUUUAAAAAGCAGUGAUACAAGCAAAUAUAAUCUUACUUAUUUAACCUCAAGUCAAUGUCUACCGAAAAUUCACCCAUUAUAUAUGAAGAACUUUCAGGAAUUCUCAAGUAGUAAUGUUUCUUUUACUCCUGCUCCAUUAGGUACUUAUGGAAUAGUACGAGUCGAAUCAGUUCAUGCAAUCAAAAAAUAUAAUUAUAAUUCAUUUUGCAAUAACACAAGUUCCCAAAGUAUUGUUUAUUUCUUUGAUAUGAAAUUUAGUACAAAGGCUACUCAUUGCAAUUGCCUUUAUAAUAAAGCCGAAACUUACUCAAUUAUCAUUUAUCAUCAAAAUAGUAUCGUUAAUGAUAUCAAUCUACAUCUAAAGAAUUUCUUUAUAUUCGGGAACCAAUUCUAUAAUUAUUAUACAUAUGAAGCAUGGAAUCUUGGGAAGAUUUUUGUUGAAAAUUGCUCAUCAGAUAAUCACAAAGCUUCAAAAGCUGUUAUAUUUGUUGAUGAGUUAGUAAAUGUAACAAAUGAUAGUUAUCCUAUUUAUAAAUAUUAUGGUACAUUUGCUUGUGAUGUAAUUCAGCCAAUUGAUGAAGUAUCCUUUCAAACACCACUUGAAACUGCACAUCAAACGCCUUUCAUAACAUUGGCUCAAUCUCCAAUGGUGAACCCAGUAAUUCCAAUUCCUGAUCAAAUUCCGCAAAAAACUCUGGUUGAAACUCCAUUUCAAACUUUUUCUCAAACUCCAGAUGUCACAGAACGAAUUUCUAAUUCUGUUGACAAAAGCAAUUAUUACAUAAAUUUAAGUGAUAGUCCAAAUGAUUCUAAUAAAUUAAUCAAUGGAAAAUGGAUUAUAAUAGCUGCAUCAUUAUCUGCUAUCAUUAUUGCUGUAAUUGUUCUUUCUAUUUAUAUAUAUAGGAAGAGAAUAUCAAAACAAAAUGAAUCAGAUAGUGAAAUCGAGAUGGUUGAAGAAACAGUCAUCACAUCGAAAGAAAAUAUAUCAUUAACUAUUGAAAAUCCAUUGUUCACCACCACUAUCAAUGGUUCAGAUGAUCCAUUCAAAUCUGCAUUUGAGGACUCUGAAAUUGAUGGUGUUUUCUAUAUUACUGAAAACUAA